CUACUCUGACCUGACCCACCCCGCGCCCUUUGCUGUCUUGUUUGUUCCCUUCACCAACCUUUCCCUUCCCGUCCCAACUGCCGACUCGCCGCGCGCCGCCGGCUCGCCGCCGUCUCCGCCCGCCCGUCUUCUUCUGAAGAAGAAAAGGAAGAGAGUAAACGAGGCCUGCGCUGCGCUGCUCUGCUGCUCUGCGCCUCAGAGUAUGCACUUCUAGCACUUGCAUGUUUGGAUGGAUGAUGUUUACGGACGGAUAGAGGUCUUCCCCCAAUACUUUGCACCAUCAAAAGAAGCUAUGGAGAGUCCUGAUGGUCUAUCCACAAGUAAGAGUAACCUGGAUACUCCACCAAGUUCACAAAGACGAUCCUGGACGCCAAAACGAGCUAAGGGAGCUGCAUCUCUUUUGCGUUUGUUGUCCAUUCCUCGCUUGAGAUGGUCUACGAGCAAUGAGGAUGAUGACAAGAUCGAAUUAUCCAGGGCUGAAGUGGAGUCUUUACGAACUGAAAUAGCAGAUGCUGAGGAAAGGGAAUCCCACUUAAAAGCUCGGUUGGAAAACAUUGAUGAAGUUUUGAGAUAUGCUCGCCUUUCUGGCUAUCUCUACAUUAGAAGUCGAUGGACCCAACUUCCUGGAGAACCACCUAUCUUAGACGAUGCUGAUGUGGAUGACUGGCUUCCUCGCUUUGUUGUUCUACAAGGGCAGUGUGUGUACUAUUAUCUGAAAUCGACAGACUUGAGCCCACAAGAAUCUACACUGUUACACGAUAUUGUUGAAGUAGGGCGGCUUCCAAACUUUGUGCCAGAAGAUGAAAAGAUAAGAUAUGCGUUUUACCUGUUGACCCGCCAAGGCUUGAAGUUUCAAUGCUCCAGUACCUCCGAAAUACAGGUUGAUUCAUGGGUAAGAGCACUGACAAGUGAUUGCAAAUUGCGGGAUGGUGCUGGCGAGGAUGUGAUGAAGAAGACGAGUAGCCAACUAGAAGAUGGGUCAUGGUAAUCGAUCGACCAUGGGUUUCGGUUCCCAGCCAAGAAUGCUCUGCGUGCAGGAUGUACGUACAGUACAGCAGAGUAAUUGGCUCGUGCUGGUAGCAAAAACAUUUUUCUGUUAAUUUUUUCAGAUCCUCGAUCAUUGGUCAGGAAUUUAAACUGCACGUGUAUAAAAUACUCUUGUGUACAUACAUGUAAAGGAGGCAGCAUAUAUAGAGAGAUGCGACACAGCAGGACACGCAUAUGUAGAUUUCCUUGCUCAUCGUAUUAGAAUUCUUCGGGCACAUGCUAUUUUGUGUGGCAGAAACAAUUCUGUCGGCCGUUUGAUUGGACUGUAAAGAUGGUUGAUGCAUCCACUAUGUUUGCCGGUGCCCGGUGGAGUGGUCAACCAAGAGGCCCUGUAUAAUUGAAUCAAAAUAGUCUUAUGGUGCCGCUAGAAGUCAA